UGCUUUGUUGUUCUGGGUCCAGGCCAGGAAUAUUGACAAAUCUCUCUGUGAAUGGGACAUCUAGAAUAUGUAUCCAUAGUCUGUACCACUGUCAAAUAGGCAACACAAAUAUCACACAAAUAUCACAAUAUUCAUUGUAUUCAUGCUUAUCUGAAACCCACAAUGUGACUGGGUUGUAAAUGGAAUAUUCAUAGCUAUUCAGUAAAUUCUAAUAAGACAAUAUGUAUACAAUUAUGCAGGCUAUUAUUUCAUGCAUAAGUAUGUGAUCUGAUGGGCCAGGGGAAGGUUUGCCUUUAUCCUAAGUUCCUCUGGUUAUUCUUCCAGAAAACCUGAAAACACACUUCCUAUUUUGCUGCCUUAAAAUGUAUGGGUGAGGAGAUCAGAAGAAUUUUUAAAAUAUGUUUCUAUUUCCAGCUGGGGGUCAUUCGGAUCAUAGGGGUUCACUUGUAGAUUAGGGUGUACAUUUUGAUGAGUGUACAAGAUGAUGAGUGUACAUUCCCUGAAAUUGAAGUAUUUUGAACCAAGUGCAUUUCAACAAAAUUGUACAUGAUAGCAGUCUAGAAUUUACAAGGAAAUUUCUAUUUAUUUCAUGGAUAAAAAGCUAAAAAUUCAGUGGAGUGAUCAAAUUCUCGAAACGUACAAUGCAAGCAUCGAAAUACAAGUAUAGAACCGGUGAAUUAUAGUUCAAGUUUGCUGUGGUUUUUUAUCAUGAUAGCAGAGGAUGUGGAUUCGGCUCGAAGUAGUCCAUGUCCUUGUUCGGACGAGAAGUUAUGCCAAAGAAUCACAAAGGAAGUUGACAAGGAAGUGUUGGUGUGGAGUACAAGUGAUAAAGUUUGGCAACACUAUAACUGGUCCGUUGUCACCACUGUAGCUGUGUUUGGUGAUUGGAAUGAUGAAUUGAUGUGUUUUGCGCAUUCUAAGGGGGUAAAGGUUGUUCUCGUUGGUUUCUUUAAUGUAAAUGAUCUAUCAAAUACAAGCAAGUGUGAGGAAUGGGUGGAUGGCCUGAUUACAAAAGCUAUUGCUGUGCAUGCUGAUGGAGUGAACCUUGAUUUGGAAGGGCCAAUCAGCAAAGGUAGCAAGGAGGUGAACCUACUGAAUGAGCUUACAGCUGAUGUUUACAAAACCUUCAAAGACAAGCUACCGGGUUCACAGGUAACAUUUGAUGUGGCAUGGUCACCUGACUGCAUUGAUGGUAGAUGCUAUGAUGUUGCUACUCUGUCGAAAUCAGUAGAUUUUCUUGCAAUAAUGUCAUAUGAUGAAAUGAGUCAAAUAUUUGGCCCAGAGUGCACAGCUUAUGCAAAUUCACCAUUUAACAAAACAAAAUCAGGUGUAUCGAAAUACAUGGAUUUGGGAAUCCCAGCUAAUAAACUGGUUCUUGGUUUACCAUGGUAUGGUUAUGACUACCAAUGCAUAGCUGUCACUGGUGUGGACACAUGCCACAUAAAGAAGGUCCCUUAUCAAGGUGCAAAUUGUAGCGAUGCAGCUGGAAAACAAGUGGCUUACUCAACAAUUAACGACUUACUGCUCACUCGCACGGAAAGUGGCAGAAAGUGGGAUGCAGGCAGUCAAAGUCCGUAUUUUGAUUAUUACGACAUGAGUAACCAAAGACAUCAAAUGUGGUAUGAUGAUCCGCAAAGUCUUGGCAUUAAACUUGCAUAUGCAGUUGAUAUUGGCCUCAAAGGUGCCGCAGUGUGGAAUUCAGAUUUACUUGAUUAUAGCGCAUUGAAAAGAAGCAUUGCUCAAACCAAAGAUAUGUGGGUCACACUAUCUAGUAUAAAAGAAAAGAAAAACAAAAACUACAAGCACUCGAUUGAUAUAUGAGCAACAUGACAUCUCUC